AUGGAAACCGUUAACAAAGUCGUCGACGCCGGCUACAAAGCCAUCUGGGGCGAACAGAACACCGACAACACUAAGAGCCAAACGACAGCUAGCGGUAGUCAGCCUACAACAUCGACAGGAAUGACCGGCAUCCCAACCGUCGACAAGGUCGUCGAGGCGGGCAAGAAGGCGAUAUGGGGUGAGAGCACAGAGACUCAGCAACAAACAUCGCUUGGAGAAGAGCCUGUGGCUGGAAAGAGGGGAUUGGGUACAGCGACGGAUCCAUAUGAUGCUGGAAAUCGUGAUGAACAAUACGAUGCUCCCUCCGUCGAAGCCGGCGGUCUUCCUACAUCCAUCCCAGUCAGUGAACAACGAAACAUUGAGACGGUAGAUACCCCCCUGAACACAACCAAUAUGGGCAGUAGCUCUGGCACCGCAGCAGCCGGCACAGCAGCCACUCAUGACCUGAAGACCACCGCCACUGGACUUCAACCUGAUCCUGCCCAGCCUGGAAAUGCAGCUGAUUCCACGUCAAGAGCCAUUCCUGAUGGCGGACCAGGCCAGACACUGAAACAUACUAGUGAGCCAUUUGAGGAGGAGACUCAGAAACUCGCCAAAGAUCUACAGAACAUCAAAGUGGACGACGAAAAGCCUAAAGUCCACACACAGGCCGGAGGUAUAGCAGUUAGCAGACCAAACCAGGCCGUCCACUCCAAGGAAGACAGUCUCUCAUCUUCAUCCUCUGGGUCUUCAGCCGGUGCUAUUGACAGCCAGGGAAACGCACGGAAAAGUAAGACCAGCAAAUUGGAGAAAGUGAAGAACAAGCUACACAUUGGCAGCCAUUCGCCAAAGGCAUCACGAUAA